CGGUUCUCAGUAGAAGAAGGCCAGUGAUUGGUCCGUGUAGUAAAAUAACCGCUCUCAACACACGCGCAACCUGCCACUUGCGCUGAACGUGGUAUAUCUGGGCAAAUUAUGAUUUCUUAAUCUCAUUAAGAUUACCUUGCACAUUAAUUGUGACUUCAAGGGGUAUAUUGAUCGAAAUUUUAAGAAAAAUAUAAUCAAAAUGGUCAGUGGAAACAAAAACGCCGGCGAUCCCAUUAAAAUACCGCCCAAAAAUCGCGAAAAAAAAACUAAUAACUAUAAAAGAGCCAACAUAUUUUCAAAAGCAUGGUUUGUAUGGAUGAUGCCAACUUUUUGGCGAGGAUUCAAAAGAGACCUGUACGAUGCGGACCUCACCAAACCCAAAGACAACCAUCUGUCUGAUAAACUUGGAGAUCGUCUCGAAAAGAAAUGGUUGGAAGAAAUAGCAUCGGCAAACAAGCAAGGAAGGAAACCAUCGCUACUCCGAGCAAUGACUAAAACAUUUUGGUUAAGCUACGCACCUUCCGGAGUCAUGUUCCUUAUACAAGCUCUCAUACUCAAGCCGUUCCAGCCUGUUGCCUUGAGUAUACUGUUGACAUACUGGGAGCCUGGUUCAAAUAUGACGUACGAUCAAGCGGUGUACUGCGCUUUCACCGUAAUACUGAUGUCUCUGCUGAUAGCAUUCCUCAACCACCAUGGCACUUACUCUACUCAACAGUUUGGAAUGAAAGUCCGUAUUGCCGCCUGCUCCCUUAUCUAUAGAAAGGUGAUGCGAAUGAGCUCGGGCGCGCUAGCCCAAACAACUGCCGGUCAAGUAGUAAAUCUGUUGUCCAAUGAUGUCAAUCGAUUUGACUACGCUUUCAUUUAUACUCACUUCAUCUGGCUUUUGCCACUCCAAGUGAUAAUUGUCUGUUACCUCAUAUACAUCAAAAUUGGGUAUGCAGCGAUUGUUGGAGUCAUUGGCAUCGUCUUGCAAACAAUUCCUGUACAAUCUUAUAUGAGCAAAUUGGCAGCGAGACUGCGAAUGAAAACAGCAUCUAGAACUGACGAACGUGUCCGAAUUAUGGAUGAAAUUAUAAGCGGAAUGCAGGUCAUCAAAAUGUACGCUUGGGAGAAACCGUUCGAGCAGGUUGUGGCAUUGGCUCGUAAAAAUGAAAUCAACUGCAUUACAUCAGCGUCUUAUCUUCGUGGAGUUUACCUUAGCUUUAUGGUGUUCACUGAACGGCUAACACUUUAUAUCACCCUUUUGUCCUAUUCACUAUUUGGAUAUCAAGUUACCGCUGACAUUGCUUUCCCGCUGGCUCAAAUGUUCAAUAUUCUUCAAGCUUCAGUAGCUAUUUUACUACCAAUGUCUUUAUCAAUGUUGAUGGAGUCCCAUACAUCUAUUCUUCGUAUACAACAAUUUUUAGUUAAGGAUGAAAGGGAAGAUCUUCGAAGUGUAGCGGGUGUAGACAUUGCAAAACUUGUUGCCAGUGUUGAAAAGAAAAAUAAAAAUCUUCGUGAAAUUGACCUUUGUGCAAAUAAAUUCAAAAAAAUUGAUGAAGAAGGAAUUUACAAUCCAGGUUUUGAUUGCGACGAAAAAGGUUUGAUGACUCCAGCGAUAAGUACGACUCCUAUCAGCAAUGAUGUUGGCAUACUUAUACAGAAUGUGAGCGCUAGCUGGACCGAAGAUGGUCCUAUUACCUUGCGCAAUAUUAAUAUUACAGUUCCUAAAGGGAAACUAUGUGCUAUAAUUGGAUCAGUAGGAUCAGGAAAGAGUUCUAUUUUACAACUUUUGCUAAAUGAAUUACGCUCCAGUGCUGGACGGAUACACCUCUGCGGGCCCCUUUCAUAUGCUAGCCAAGAACCUUGGUUAUUUGUGGCAACAGUCCGUCAAAAUAUUUUAUUCGGUUUGCCAUAUAAUCCGAAAAAAUAUAAGGAAGUAGUCAGAGUAUGUGCACUGCAGAAGGACUUUCUCCAAUUCCCCCACGGAGAUCAAACUCUUGUCGGAGAAAGAGGUGCCUCUUUAUCUGGAGGGCAAAGAGCCCGUAUAAAUCUAGCAAGAGCUGUAUACCGCCAGGCGGAUGUUUAUCUACUGGAUGAUCCAUUGUCUGCAGUAGAUGCACACGUUGGUCGACAACUCUUCGAUGAGUGCAUAACGGGUUAUUUAAAGCACACCACUAGAGUUCUUGUUACUCAUCAACUUCACUACCUUAAAGUCGCUGAUUACAUUGUUAUCAUGAAUAAUGGCAUCAUUGAAGCAAAAGGAACCUAUGAGGAAUUACUUACUUCGGGUAAAGACUUUGCUAAGUUGUUGUGCUCCGUUCAGGAAGAUGAUAAUACGGAGGCUGAAAAGCCACUACCGAUAUCACGAAGGACUUCAGCAAGGCUAUCCACGACAAGGAGGCCCUCGCUGGCAGAAUCUACCACAGGCUGUGAUAUUCCUGCUCAAGAGAUGGAAGAAGAAGAAAGAGAAUCUGGCUCAAUGGGAUGGCAUGUAUACGGAGCUUAUUUGAAAGCUGGAGGUCGUACCGCCAGAAUAGUUUUCAUGGUUUUACUUUUAGUAAUAGGACAACUUUCUGCUACUCUCUGUGAUUAUUGGGUUACUUUCUGGACGAAUGAAGUUACCCUUCUUAAAGAAAGACAAUCAAAUGCGACUAAGGAUUAUGAACAAGAUAUAAAACCAGUAAAUUCUACAUUCAGCCUAAAUAGUUACUUCUCUGGAAUUAAAGCUACACCAAAUUUAAAUAUUCACGCCUACAUUGGACCGUUAGACACAUCGCAAUAUCUUUAUGUAUAUACAGCACUUAUUGUUUGUUGUAUCUUCUUUAUCACGGCCCGAGCAUUCAUGUUCUUCAAGGUUUGCAUGACAGCCUCCAGGAACCUCCACAACGACAUGUUCCAUGCUAUGCUACGUGGAGUUAUGAGAUUCUUCGAUAUGAAUUCGUCAGGUCGUAUUCUCAACCGCUUCUCAAAAGAUAUUGGUGCCUUAGACGAACUGCUGCCGCGUUUUCUUCUGGAAUGCAUACAAAUCUACCUCGUGAUGUUCAGUAUUCUCACGUUGAAUGCUGCUGCACUCGUUUGGACUUUAUUGCCUACGACUAUCAUCUUACUACUCUUCUAUGUUAUUCUUCAGAUAUACUUAAAAUCAGCUCAAUCUAUUAAAAGAUUAGAGGGGACAACGAGAAGUCCAGUCUUUUCACACAUGUCGGCCACCCUCAAUGGCAUCAGCACUAUUAGAUCCUCAGGAGCACAACAACGUUUAAUACAAGAAUUCGAUCAUUUCCAAGACAUUCACACGUCUACUUGGAGCAGCUACCUUGCGAGCGGCGUAACUCUAGGAUUCUGGCUUGACUUUAUUUGUGUGAUCUACCUUGCAAUUGUCAUUGUGGCUUUCCUUGUUAUCGAUAGCAAAACCAUUUUCUCGGGUAACGUGGGACUUGCGAUAUCACAAACUCUUAUCUUGACCGGUAUGCUGCAAUUCGGUGUACGACAAACAGCUGAAGUUAUCUCACAAAUGACCAGCGUUGAGCGCAUCCUGCAAUACACUAAUAUUGAAAAGGAAUCGCAAUGGGAGAAAGGAGCUAAAGAAACCCCUAAAGGAUGGCCUUGGAGGGGUCGCAUAGAGUUCCGUAAUUGCUAUAUGAAGUACACACCUGAAGAUUUACCUGUAUUGAAGAAUCUAAAUGUAGUUAUAGAGAGUGGUUGGAAGGUUGGAAUAGUCGGUAGAACGGGUGCUGGAAAAUCAUCACUAAUCUCUUCUCUGUUUCGUCUUUCCAUAUUAGAGGGUGAAGUCCUUAUUGACGAUGUAGAUACCGCCUACCUUGCACUUCAGGAAGUAAGGUCUAAAAUAUCGAUUAUACCACAAGAACCGGUACUGUUCUCCGCUACAAUACGAUACAAUUUAGAUCCAUUCAACUGUUAUGAUGACGAACAACUUUGGAAAGCGCUUGAAGCGGUCGAUUUGAAGGCUGCGAUACCUGCACUAGAUUUCAAAGUUUCCGAAGGUGGUUCAAACUUUUCUCUUGGACAGAGACAACUCGUGUGCCUUGCUCGUGCUAUCCUUCGCGGUAACCGAAUUCUUGUGUUGGAUGAGGCCACAGCAAACGUUGAUCCAAAAACGGACGAGUUUAUCCAGAGAACAAUAAGAAAGCGUUUUUCAGAUUGCACAGUUUUGACAGUUGCACAUCGACUCAACACUAUUAUGGACUCCGAUCGCGUGAUGGUAAUGGAUACCGGACGAUUAGUUGAGUUUGAUCAUCCUUACAAAUUGCUCUGCAACCCUGAAGGUCAUUUCACAAAAAUGGUUAAAGAAACUAGUGACAAAUUGGCAGCUCAGCUCUACGAAAUAGCAAAAAGAACAUAUCUCGAAAACGGAAACGUAAUAGAGUGACGAGAAAGCGUUUAUUUUUAGAUAUUAUUAUAAAUAGAAACGUAAGAAUAUAGCCUUGGAAUAAUGCAGUUAUGUACCUACCUACUUACUGACAUUUAAUAAUGCUGGUUGAAAGAUAUAUUGCAACCAAAUUGGUCGUAAUCCUAACGAUUAUUUGAAUAAUAUGGUUAUGACCUAUUUUGGCAAAUACCACCUUAGAUAUUUUUUAUGGUCGACAAAUAUCGACAGUAUAAUUUUAAUAUAAAAGUCAGUUAAUGUAGCCAGUCUUAUAUUUAUUUUAAUUAUGUUGUAUUCGACAAGCGAAGAGUGCUUUAAAAUAAAAUAUGUAACCUAUGAAAAUACAUAAUUUGAGAGCUGGCUCUAGUACAUAGCACCCUAUCCUAUAAAGUAUUGUACAUAAAGGCAUAUAUUCCAACACAGACUGAAUGUUGAGCGGACUUGAAUGAAAUAAUUAGUUCUUAAGAUAAAAAAACGUAAAGUAUAAUGUCGUGUUAUUUAUUUUUAUUAAAGAGCUACAAUUUAAUUUAUUAAUUAAGAAGUAUAAAAUGUUAUUUGUGAUUUUAAUCUUGAACAAAUUAAAAUUGGGUUUAAA